AUGUUGAAUGCGGUGAAUGGAAGGCUACAUGUAGAUAUUUUGUUUGUGAUCCAAUGUUCAAAUGCAGGAGAAGAGUAUCCAACUGAUGGAACUGCUUUUAUUUUUGGUAAAGAUAUAUCUUUAAAUCCCAAGGCUGCGCGUCGUCAGAUUGGUUACUGUCCCCAAUUUGAUGCUCUGCUAGAGUUUCUAACUGUCCAAGAACAUCUUGAGCUGUAUGCAAGAAUAAAAGGAGUCCCAGAUUACAAGAUGGAAGAUGUUGUUAUGGAAAAGUUGGUGGAAUUUGACUUGUUGAAGCAUGCUAGUAAACCAUCAUUUACCCUAAGUGGAGGAAACAAGCGCAAAUUAUCUGUCGCAAUAGCAAUGAUUGGAGACCCUCCUAUAGUUGUUAUGGAAAAGUUGGUGGAAUUUGACUUGUUGAAGCAUGCUAGUAAACCAUCAUUUACCCUAAGUGGAGGAAACAAGCGCAAAUUAUCUGUCGCAAUAGCAAUGAUUGGAGACCCUCCUAUAGUCAUUCUUGAUGAGCCAUCCACAGGCAUGGAUCCUAUUGCAAAACGAUUCAUGUGGGCAGUUAUAUCCCGUCUGUCAACCAGACGAGGGAAGACAGCUGUUAUUCUAACUACCCACAGCAUGAAUGAAGCUCAAGCGCUGUGCACUAGGAUUGGAAUAAUGGUUGGAGGGCGACUGAGAUGCAUUGGAAGUCCCCAGCACUUGAAAACACGAUUUGGGAAUCAUCUUGAACUAGAGGUUAAACCUACUGAAGUUAGCUCCGAGGAUUUGGAAAAUCUGUGCGAAAUAAUUCAAGAAAAGCUCUUUGACAUUCCUUCUCAUCCUAGGAGCAUACUCAGCGACCUUGAAGUUUGCAUUGGGGGUGUAGAUUCCAUAACAUCAGAAAAUACUUCAGUGGCAGAGAUUAGCUUGUCAGAGGAGAUGAUAGUAAUGAUUGGACGCUGGCUUGGCAAUGAAGAAAGAAUAAGGACACUGGUGUGUGCACCUAAUGGUUCUGUUGGGGUUUUUGGUGAAAAGUUGUCAGAGCAGUUGGUCCGUGAUGGUAAGUCUCCUCUUUCUUCAUUGUUUCUAUUACUCUUCAGAAUGCCAUACUGA